CUUGUGUCAGAUCAUUUGUAAGUACGCAGCCAGUGGACGGUAGCUUUGCGGCAGAAAGAUGGCGACAGUCAGAGGUGUGAGGAGACUUUUUAGGAUUGGAUGCUAUGCUACUCGGCAGAAUCCGACGUCGACAGCACCCAGAUUCCUUCAACAAAGGGAGUUCCGCGUAAAUGGAGUUCACAGGCAGGAACCGUUUGACUCCUCAGUGGAAAAGCCUCAGUUUCCUGGAGCCUCUGCCGAAUUUAUUGAACAACUCGAAUUCAUCAAGCCCAAUGUCAUCGCAGGAAUACCUGUGUACAGAGUGAUGGACAGACAGGGGCAGAUCAUCAACCCCUCUGAGGACCCACAGCUGUCUAAAGAGGCCGUCUUGAAUAUGUAUCAGAAGAUGACAUUACUGAACACCAUGGAUCGGAUCCUGUAUGAGUCUCAGAGACAAGGUCGUAUCUCAUUCUACAUGACAAACUAUGGUGAGGAGGGAACGCAUAUUGGAAGUGCUGCAGCAUUGGACCCCAGUGAUCUUGUCUUUGGCCAGUAUCGAGAAGCUGGUGUGCUCAUGUACCGUGGGUUCCCCCUGGACAUGUUCAUGGCACAGUGCUAUGCUAAUUGUGAUGACCUCGGGAAGGGCAGACAGAUGCCAGUCCACUAUGGUAGCAAAGACCUGAACUUUGUCACCAUCUCUUCUCCACUGGCAACUCAGAUUCCUCAAGCUGCUGGGGCAGCAUAUGCCUUUAAGAGGGAGAACACUAACCGCGCAGUCAUUUGCUACUUCGGAGAGGGAGCAGCCAGCGAGGGUGAUGCUCAUGCUGGAUUCAACUUCUCAGCCACCCUGGAGUGCCCGCUCAUCUUUUUCUGUCGCAAUAACGGUUAUGCCAUCUCUACGCCAACCAAUGAGCAGUACAGGGGCGAUGGCAUCGCUGCACGAGGCCCUGGUUAUGGGAUGAUGUCCAUCCGUGUAGACGGCAAUGAUGUCUUUGCGGUUUACAAUGCCACAAAGGAGGCUCGUCGCAGGGCUGUUGCUGAGAACCAACCCUUCCUCAUAGAGGCUAUGACGUACAGGAUUGGUCACCAUAGCACCAGUGAUGACAGUUCGGCAUACCGCUCCGUGGAUGAGGUAAACUACUGGGACAAGCAAGACCACCCCAUCUCCCGUCUGCGUCACUACAUGAAUGCGCACAGCUGGUGGAGUGAGGAAGAUGAGCGAGCCUGGAGGAAAAAGUCCCGCAAGAUGGUCAUGGAGGCGUUUGAGAAGGCAGAGAGGCGGCUAAAGCCCAAGGUAGAUCUGCUCUUCUCAGACGUGUAUCAAGAAAUGACUCCCAACUUGGAGAAGCAGAAGGACGCCAUGUGGAAGCAUGUGCAGCAGUAUAAAGAGCAUUACCCAGUUGAUCUUUUUGAAAAAUAAAAUAGUUGGACAUAGUAUGUUAUAGACUGGUGUGCUGGUUGAAAUAUUAUAGUGAUUAUGUAUGAGUGUGUGUGUGUGUGUGUGUGUGUGUGUGUGUACCAGAUGGUCCAGAAUGAGAUGGUGUUCACAUUUUCCACUAGGGGCCUCAACUACACUGUAUUUUGGUGCCUUGAAAUGCAUUGCAGCUUUUAAAAUCUGGAAUGACUUAUCACGAAUAGAGUAAACUUGAUUGUAGCCUC